AGAGAAGAGAAGAAAAAAAUUUCGAAGAAGGCGGGCGCCCGGCGGCUGUUUAUAUAGGGCAGAAUGACACGUGAUGAAUGACUAAGAUUAAGCGAGGUUUGAGCUGAGGACGAUGAUUGGCUAGAGAGCAACAGAGGUUAAAGCUUGUUAGUAAUGGAGGAAAAUAGUUUUACCGAGAACAGUACACGUGACGGACUGUGACCGGGGGCUCCAACGCUGGAAAAAAAGAUUAUCUGGGUUGGAAGCAGAAAAGGACGACGCAGCAGGCGACGUUCGACGAGGAUACCAGGAGCCGGACAGGAAGAUACACACAGACAGACGUCACGAUGAGGAACAAGGCGACUAGCUACCUCCGGAAACCGGUUUGUUUUUUUCCUUCUGAGCCCUCUCUGGUGUGCAAUGGCUAGAUUGCUAACCCUCGUUUUUUUUCUUCAUGGGCAACGGUAGAAAAUCCGCCAGUCCUGGAGCAAGUACAACCUGUUCAACAUCACGCAAGUCCGCCUCCCGUUCACAAAGUCAAGGACCUUCUUCCAGCAGAAAUGGUCGGCCAAGUCGCUUGCCCGCGGAUACCAUGGUGAGCAGGUCCGGGAGAGUCAAUGGGAGCGCAUGUUCUCUCGCCGGCUCCGAGCAGUUGUGCCCAUGGACCCCUUUGAUCUUGCCCGCAACGACGGUUCAAAAAACGCAGCCGGCCGUGGCUCAGGGAUGGACAAGGGGGAUAGAGAAGACGGUCGUCAAGUCCCGGACACGCCAUACAUGCUGAUGACAUUUGCACCUCUGGAAAGAAGAUUGGACGUUGCUAUAUUCCGUGCUAUGUUUGCAAGCAGUACCAGACAGGCAAGGCAGUUUGUCAUCCACGGAGGCGUAACGGUCAAUGGCAAGAAGAUGCAAUAUCCUGGGUAUCUAUUGAACCCUGGAGACAUGUUCCAGGUUGACCCUGAGCGAGUGAUGUAUGCUACUGGAGCACCCAAGGACAAGAGUCUACGCCGUGCCGGCCGUCUCAGACGACGGAUGGGCGCAAAGUCGAAGGAGGAGAAAGAAGGGGAAGUCGAGGAAACCAAGACAGAGGAGACCAAGGCCGAGGACAAGGAGCAAAAGAAGGAGGAAGGCAAAGACGAUGAAGACCCACGGCAGAUGUUGAAGGAGUUGCUUUCUGGAGCCAAGGGGAUCAUGACAUCGUCGGGGGACCUGCUCCCGGCCAAAAGAAGGCAGGCCAUCCGUGCUUUCCAGCGGUCCGUCAAGCAGGUGCUCUCGCGGUCAUCUACCACCACGACCAUGACAGACAACCUGGAGGCCCAGUUCCUCGCUCUGAAGAACAUGAUAGACGAGGAUACCAAGCGGGCAGCCGAAGCUGCAAAAAAGGCCGCUGCUAAGAAAGCAGAACAGGCCGCUCCCAACACUGAAUCACCCUCCUCUGCCACCGAGCCAUCAUCUUCCGCAUCACCCACUGCGCCAUCUCCUUCAUCUACUACUCCUAAUGCUGAUACCAUUUCUACUACCACGACGACGACGACGACCACCACCACCACCACCACUAACAACAACAACGACAACAUCAACAACCAAACCAGCCGAGAUAGCAAGUCCUCCAGCGAAAUUGAUGAUCUCGCAGCGUCCCUGUCCGACGUCGAGCUGGCCGACUACUCUCCCGCUGACCUGAAAGCCCUCAAGCUCGCUCUGGAGGAGAUCCACGAAAACCCCAUCGACAGCACGAAGCCGUAUGCUACCCCCUGGCGGCCUCGCGACUACAUGAGCCCCUUCGCCUUUGUGCCACGCUACCUGGAGGUCAACCACAACAUCUGCGCGGCCGUCUACCUGCGCCAUCCCGUGGCUCGCCCUGGCCGGGCAGAGGUGCCAACCCCCUUCAAUGAAACCAUCGGAGGCGCUGCCUUUGCGUGGUACCUUCGCCGGCGCUGAGGUCUGACGCCUGCCUGUAAUAAUACUACUACCUAUAUAGACUUAUCAUUCUAGACAGAACGAGGACAUGUACCAUAGCAUCAUCCUACCUCCUGCCUGCCUGCCUCUCUCUCUCUUCUCCCUCUCCCAGCGGUCCAGCCCUUCUGUAG